AUGAAGCAGUUUAAGAGGUACAUCGACAAGGACGGAGCGGGGGAUGUGACGCUUGUAUGCGAUGAAGCUGAGGAUAUGUGGCAUGUGUACAAUUUGGUGCGCGUCGGCGACACAGUCCGCUGCACAACAAUUCGUAAAGUGACCGCAGAAUCGAGCACUGGCAGCACAUCCAGCCAGCGUGUGCACACGACACUCUCAGUCUGCGUUGAGACCGUCGAUUUCGAUGGUGUUGCUUGUAUUUUGCAUUUGAAAGGUAAAAGUGUUGCCGAGAAUGAGUACGUCAAAAAGGGACAGUACCACACUCUGGAUAUCGCUGUUGGCAGGAAGUUCCAGCUUUCGAAGCAGUGCUGGGAUUCAAUCGACCUGGAUCGCCUAAAUCUGGCCCUUGAUGUAUGCUUUAAUAUGCUUUUACACAAUAAAAUCUAA